AUGCUUGUGUUUCUAGCUCCAACAAGGUGGUGUAUAGACGGUGACGGCUGUGUUCGGUGCUGUGUUUACAUCUGCGUGCUGUUGACGUGGAAGAGACACAGAAGAAAGAUGGCGGCGCCCUCUGCAGAGCAGCAAAACGGCCAAAGUGAUGAAUCUGAUCUACAAAGCCCUAUAUCGACAAAUGAUGAAGACUCCGAAACAGGAUCGGGGGAGGGAGUUCUCCCCGUCUACCUUGUCGACUUGAUAGAAAAAGAAAUCGGAGUGGAUCUGAAGUCGCUGAAGAAAGUUAGCGCGCUCCUGGAGAAACUGACAGCGGAAACCAAGUUGCUGGAGGAGCAGGUUCUGACGGUGUCCAGUUCGGUGCCGCUGCGGGUGUCAGCAGCGCUGUCUGCUGCCGAGGAGUCCCGUGUGUCUCUGGAAGGUUUGCUCCAGCGGGAGAGGGUCCUGUCCAACACCCUGAUACAGCACCUGCAGGGCGCCCAGCCCUGGGCAGACAGUCUGGGACGGACCCUGGAACAGCUGGACAACACAGAGAAACACAUGAAAUACCUGCAGUUUGUUCCGCCCACUGUCGUUCUCUCCUCCCACAGUGACAGCAUCCAGCAGUGUCUGAUCACCAACAGUAUAUGGGAGGCAGUGGUGGCGGUGGGCAGCAUGGCCCGUCUAGAUGUGGGCCUAAAGCAGUCUGGCUGCUCUCAUCUCCAGGCCUUCCUCAGAGAGACACUAUGCUUCUGGCACAAGAUCAUUAAGGACAGACUGGCUGGUGAUUUUGAGGAGUUGCUGAUCCAGCUCCACUGGCCGUUCAUCUCUCCUCCCACCCAGUCUCUCUCCCCCCCUGCCAACGCUCAGGAGCUCCACAGCCAGCUGGAGCUACUGGUGGCCCAGCUCCUGUCUCUACAGACCUCUGAUGAUCUCAUAUCAGAGAAGCCAACCUCUGUGUCCCGUGUAGGGUUGCCCCCGACGACACCCCUGUCUCUUCCUGUCCAGAUCAUGUUGCUUCCUCUGAGCAAGAGGUUUCGAUACCACUUCACUGGAAACCGUCAGACCAAUUCACUCAACAAGCCUGAGUGGUUCCUGACCCAGGUCCUGAUGUGGAUGGGUAACAGCUCCAACUUCAUGGAGGAGAAGAUCCAGCCCAUUCUGGACAGGAAUGGAGCUGACGUCAACGCCAAGGUGGAGCUGUGUCGCGGUCUACUCACCCUGGCCCAGGAGAAAUUAGCGUUGGAUGCUCCACGGCUGCUCUACGACGACUCUCUCUUCUGCCACCUGGUGGAUGAGAUCCUGCAGUUUGAGAGGGAGCUGCGCACCACCCACUCCUACCCCAGCACCCUGCCCGGAGUGCUGCAUGUACUGCUGGAGAGGUCGUGCUGCAGAAUGGCGAUAGAGAAGGUGGAUGCCAUGCUGUCUGCUGAGGGGGCUUGGAGCUCCCAGUACAAAGACAUCAGUGACAUGGACGAACUCAAGGCUCCAGACUGCGCUGAGACCUUCAUGACCUUACUGCUGGUCAUCACUG